AUGGAGCAACAAUCUAACAGGGCCCACCGGGUUACAAAAGAGAAGAAGAAAUACGAUGGACCCAACCCGAAAGCUUUUGCCUUUUCGAACGCCGGCAAGGCAAACAAAGCGGGCGCGAGAUCUCACGAUAUCAAAGAGAAGAGACUGCACGUUCCUCUGGUCGAUCGCUUGCCUGAAGAAGCUCCCCCGCUCGUUGUCGCUGUUGUUGGACCUUCUGGUGUUGGAAAAACGACACUCAUCAAGUCCUUGAUCCGCCGAUACACCAAGCAGACGCUCAGCACGCCCAAUGGACCUUUGACGGUGGUGACGUCCAAGAAGCGACGUCUUACUAUCCUAGAAUGUCCUUCCGACUCGCUGGCCGCUAUGAUCGAUGUGGCUAAGAUCGCCGAUAUUGUGCUCCUGAUGAUUGACGGUAACUACGGAUUCGAGAUGGAGACUAUGGAGUUUUUGAAUGUUCUGUCUACCAGCGGUAUGCCCGGAAAUGUUUUCGGUAUCCUUACACACUUGGAUCUGUUUAAGAAGCAGAGCACGCUGCGAGCCGCCAAGAAACGUCUUAAGAAUCGCUUCUGGAGUGAGCUGUACAACGGUGCAAAGCUCUUUUACCUCUCCGGUGUUAUCAACGGCCGCUAUCCCGAUCGAGAGGUGCACAAUUUGUCCCGCUUUCUGUCGGUCAUGAAGAACCCUCGGCCUCUUGUGUGGCGUAACUCCCAUCCUUAUGCUCUUGCGGACCGCUUUCUCGAUAUCACGCCACCGACAGAGAUCGAAAAGGACCCGAAAUGCGACCGGACGAUUGCCCUGUACGGUUACCUACGAGGAACGAACUUCCCUGCGCAAGGCGCACGCGUUCACGUACCUGGGGUUGGCGAUUUGACGGUUUCCGGAAUCGAGGCUCUGCCUGACCCCUGUCCAACCCCGUUUAUGGAUCAGCAGAUACAAAAAGCCACCGGGAAAUCGAACAAGCGCAGGCUGGGUGAAAAGCAAAAGCUGCUCUUUGCUCCGAUGUCUGACGUUGGUGGUGUCUUGGUCGACAAAGAUGCCGUCUACAUUGACGUAAAGACCUCCAAUUUCAACAACGAGGACGAUGAGGACCGCGAUCCGGACCGUGGCUUAGGUGAACAACUCGUUAUUGGCUUGCAAGGCGAGCGGAAACUUCUCGGUGAGGCAGAUGCCGGUCUCCGCCUGUUCAGCGGUGGAGAGGCCAUCACGAAGACCGAAGACGAAGACAGCGGCACCGGAAGGAAACACAGAAGAGAAGUACGAUUUGCCGGAGAUGGCAACCAAAAUGUUGAAGAAGAAGAUGAAGGCUUCGAAAGCGCGGACGAUGAGGAGGAAGAGGAGGAGGAUGACAUGGAAGAGGGCAGUGAUGAAGACGAGGAGGAAGUGGACGUUUCCGCUCCUGCAGACUUCGCAGAGAGCUUCAGGGAGAGACAAAACGGACCGUCGUCCCGUCAGGAAUCCGAUAUCGCAUUCGCUGACAGUGACUCGGAUCUGGGCUCUAUCUCGUCCGUGGAGGAUCAAGUCCUCGAGAGCGCCGAUGAGGAAGAGGAAUCAGACGAGGAGGAUGAUGGGACCGUCCGAUGGAAGGAUAACAUGCUCGAAAACGCCAAGUCACUCCAUUCAAAGCGUCCCAAAUUCCGCAUCACGGACCUUUCGCGUACCAUGUACGAUGAGUCAAUGACCCCGGCCGAGGUUAUCCGCCGAUGGCGCGGUGAGGAGGACGAAGAUGAGGAGCCUGAAGGCGAUGAAGAUGAGGAAACGUUCUUCAAGAAGACCAAUGUUGAGGAGGAAGAGCAAGCCGAGUACCGCGCUGUUCCCGAAUACGACUACGAGGAGUUGGAAAAGAAAUGGCGUGACGAAGAGAUGAUUGAGGCUCUGCGAAAACGUUUUGCUAGUGCUAAAAUGGGCGAUGGCGACGACGAGGACGACGAGGACGACGAGGAUGUUGAUGAUGCCUUUGACGAGGAUGACGAGGGAGACGGUGCGUUUGAAGAUCUGGAGACUGGAGAGGUCUUCAAUGGGAUCCAAGACGAAGACGAGGAUGAAGGCGAAGAUGAUGGCGAAGAUGAAGAAAACGAUGGUCCGGAAGAUCUGGAAGCCGAGCGUGCGCGUAACGCUAAGAAGAAGGAAGACUUGAGGCUCCGAUUUGAAGAGGAGGAUCGCGAGGGAUUCGCAAACUCGAAAGACAAUUCAAGAGGAGACGGUGCCGAUCCUGAAGAGGAAUUCGGAGAGGACGAAUGGUACGACGCACAAAAGGCGAAGAUGCAGAAGCAGACCGACAUCAACCGCGCCGAAUUCGAGUCUCUGGACCCUAACUCUAGGGCUAGAGCCGAGGGUUACAGAGCGGGAACAUACGCCCGUAUCGUACUCGAGAAGGUACCUUGUGAAUUUGCGACGAAGUUCAAUCCUCGAUACCCUGUCAUUGUUGGUGGCCUGGCUCCGACUGAGGACCGCUUCGGAUAUGUCCAGAUCCGUAUCAAGAGACACCGUUGGCACAAGAAGAUUCUGAAGAGCAACGAUCCGCUCAUUUUCUCUCUCGGUUGGCGCCGCUUCCAGAGUCUGCCCAUGUACAGCACCUCAGACAGUCGAACCCGUAACCGCAUGCUCAAGUACACCCCCGAGCACAUGCACUGCUUCGGUACAUUCUACGGGCCACUCGUUGCGCCGAACACCGGUUUCUGCUGUGUUCAAUCAUUUUCAAACAAGAACCCUGGUUUCAGGAUAGCGGCCACUGGAGUGGUCUUGAGCGUGGACGAACACACCGAAAUUGUGAAGAAGCUCAAACUCACCGGUGUCGCCUACAAGAUCUUCAAGAACACGGCCUUCAUCAAGGACAUGUUCAACUCAUCUCUCGAAAUCGCCAAGUUCGAGGGAGCGGCGAUCCGAACCGUGUCUGGAAUCCGAGGUCAGAUCAAGCGAGCUCUAAGCAAACCAGAUGGAUGUUUCCGUGCCACUUUUGAAGACAAGAUUCUCAUGAGUGACAUUGUCUUCCUGCGCGCAUGGUACCCCAUCAAGCCUCACCGCUUCUACAACCCAGUCACCAACCUCCUGGAUCAGGAAGAGGGCGAGUCGGGCGAUGCUGGCUGGAAGGGUAUGCGACUAACGGGAGAGGUCCGACGUGAAAAGGGUAUCCCAACGCCCCUGAACAAGGACUCUGCAUACCACAAGAUCGAGCGCUCUGAACGCCACUUCAACCCCCUCCGCGUUCCCCGUCAACUAGCUGCGGAACUCCCCUUCAAGUCUCAGAUCACCCGCACAAAGGCGCGCAAGGACAGGACCUAUCUGCAGAAGCGUGCCGUUGUUCUAGGCGGAGAGGAGAAGAAGGCCCGCGACCUGAUGCAGAAGCUCAACACCCUGCGGAACGACAAGCAGGCCAAGCGUGCUGUCAAGCAGGAGGAGCGCAGGAAGGUCUACCGUGCGAAGGUUGCGGAGGGUCUGGAGAAGAAAGCCGAGAGAGAGAAGAGGGAGCGUGAUGAGUACUGGCGGAGAGAGGGCAAGAAGCGCAAGAAUGAUGAUGGAGAAGGCGGUGGUGGUAAGAAGCGUAGGUAA